CACUGCUGUCAACCCCAUCUAUUUCCUGCAGUCUACAGAUCAGUCCACGUUGUAUACCUAAUAUUAGCUUGCGGGAUCGAGUUGGAGACGUCAAAGACAUGCUGAGCGUAGAAAAUUGGUCCACAUAGCCUUUUCACCCAUAAUAUUUAUAGAGGCGUAGAUUUCUACUCAAGUUUCAAUACACCGCAAGGGCACAUUUUUUAUUCCGCCAAGUCAGCCACGAUGAGCCAAUCACAAUAUACCUAUGAAGAUUACACCAUUGGUUGGGUCUGCGCGUUACCGAAUGAGCAAGCAGCCGCAUUGUUCAUGCUGGACGAGAGGCAUGAAGACCUCGUCAACCCAUCAAACGAUCAGAAUGCAUACACUCUCGGAAGCAUCGGGAAGCACAAAGUUGUUAUCGCUGGCCUACCCAAGGGAAGGUAUGGCAAUAACAGCUCAGCAACAGUGGCAACCCGAAUGAUAUCUACCUUCCCAAACAUUAGAGUCGGCCUAAUGGUUGGAAUUGGCGGAGGCAUUCCAGAAAAGACUCGACUCGGUGAUGUGGUCAUUAGCUGCCCAAGUGGCACGGAGCCGGGUGUCGUCCAGUGGGAUAUGGGUAAAGCAGAACAUGGUGGUCAAUUCAAGAGAACUGGGUCACUGGCUCCUCCACCAACUGCUUUGCUCACAGCUUUGGGAAAGUUCGAGGCUGAUCAAAUCACAUCAAGGGCGAAGAUGCUCAGUUACCUGGAUGGUUUGAAAAGCAUGCCCACCGUCCCAAGAAGCUUUUUGAAGUCGGAUUCUCUCAAAGAUGUCUUAUUCGACCCCACAUAUGCCCAUGUGAAAGGAGAAGACUGCAGUCGAUGCGAUGAGAAGAAGUUGGUCCAGAGAAAGACAAGAGAAGAUGACAUGGUGAUCCAUUGUGGUCUAAUUGCAUCAGGCAACCAAGUGAUCAAGGAUGCAGUUCUUCGAGAUAAACUGUAUCAGAUGUUUGACAAGAAUGUCUUGUGCGUUGAGAUGGAAGCUGCGGGCUUGAUGAAUGACUUUCCUUGCAUUGUUAUUCGAGGGAUCUGUGACUACGCCGACUCCCACAAGGAUGAUAAGUGGCAAGAUCAUGCCGCAGCCGUUGCAGCAGCGUGUGCAAAGGCAUUCCUAGCGGUAGUACCGGCAAGUGAGGUAGAUAAACUUCAGCGAGUCCAAGUGUCGAUCACCCCAAGUGUCCUUCAAGGCGCCAAGUCUUUGGUGGCAGGAUGGUGGGGAGACAAGCAAAAUACCCUCUCUACACCAGCUGCAAGUUCGCCUACCAGUGAGCCUGAAGAUACUAAGAAAGACGAGAGCCAAAAGACUUUAGCGCUUGAAACAAUUCCUUCAACGGAUACAAACACUCCAUCAACAGAUACAAACGUGGAUUCCAUGUCUACAGAGCCUAACUCUGGUUCAAGGUCAAGAGAAGCCAGCCCGGACAGGAGUAUACCUACGCAAAAAUCUCUAGAAUCAUUGCUCCAAGAAGCUCCGGCAUUACUAACAAAGAUGGUCCAAGAAGGACAAGUUGAACGCGCUUUGGAUGCCUUAAUUACGAGUCUGAACAAUCUCAGAAUCCCGCAAAGAGACAUAAGCACGCCGCGAAAUGUUGUGCCGCCGAAUGUUGUGCCGCCAAAGGUUGUGUCGCAAGACCCUGGCUGGAACGUUUUUCCACAAACGCCGCCUAUGUCACCACAAAGUACCGCUUGGACCGUCAGUGCAAACAACGGCUCUGUGCAAGAUACUCACGGUCUUGGCUCAAGAAAUGGCACCUAUAUUCCAGCACAACCACCGCGAAGCCAAUCAUGGCCUCCUAGCGGAGACAGCGGCUAUGUGCAAGAUCCUCGCGGCUAUGGCUCAAGAAGAGGCAGCUACGUCACAUCACAACCUUUGCCUGCAUACUACGGAAAUGUGUCUCCCUCCGUCUACCAUUCGCAAGCCGAGUGUGGUAAUCCAAGUUUUAUCCGGAGCCAAACAUACCCGAAUGACCGGCGCUUCAACCAGCCUUCGACUUACCAAACAACACAAUAUCCGGAUUAUGGACGCAACGCAUACGAUGUUGAUCAUAGGGUAUUACAAACGAAGUACUACCCAAAGCCACCAUUGUGGAUUCCAAAUCCUCAAAACAAUUCGAUACGAGACGGUUAUUACGAGGGUACUCAUCAGCAGGAAUACAACGCUCGAAUGAACGUACCAGGAUAUGCCUCGGAUGUUAGUUCCAAUGGCUAUCAAUUCACAGAACCUCAGAGACAGACGAGGUACUCAGAGUUACCCACGAAUAAUGAUAUACCCCAGCAACAGAACAGUGCCAAUCUCAAUGCAGGCCGAGGAUAUCCUGGUACGGCCCAUUCAAGUAUAAGCCCAACCCGACAGAACGAGAUUCUCAGUGGAGGAUUAUUCUCGCAGAUUAAGAAAGGGGAUGCCGCCGCUGUGAAAAGACUAUUGGAACAAGGCGCUGACAUUGAGAAGACCAAUGUCGAUGGGCUGACUCCGCUUUGGUGUGCAGUACAGCUUGGGAAAUGCGACGUUAUCCAAGUACUUCUUGAUAAGAAAGCGGAUAUUGAGUCGCUAAAUACUCGCGGUCAAAAUAUUUUGGAGUGGGCUGUGGAAAAUCGGGAGCAGAAAAUUAUUGACAUGUUAUUCCCAUGAAGAUGUAUUUCAGUUGUGUUGGGGACUUAGAUAUACCUAGUUGAACAUGUAAUUGAUAUGGGAACCAAAAAAAUCGACUACCAAAUGCGGGCUGCAUUUCUACCAGCUAUAGUUUAACAAGGUCAUACAUCACUGGGCAUCCAAUUAUGCUGAGAUCAGUAUUGUGUCUACUUGAGAUGGGUCUCAGACAGCAGGUGAAUAAACACAAUGGCG